AUGCCCAGCAUAGCGGUUGGAGAUGUCGACUCUGGUGGACCGGACUGGACCGGACCAAAUCGGACCGUGGCAACACUAGGAAAGCCCGUCGAUGAAUUGCCACGGUGGAAGAACCUCAUCGGGAAACCCAAACCUCCGCCAGUGCUACCACAAAGUUCAGAGGAGAUUCCGAAUCUGAUAGAGCAGCGGAGGAAGAAGCAGCUGGAACCCAAGUUGUUGUCGCUGUCGAUUUCGCCGUUCGAGUUGGAGGAUCGGCUGGCAGUGGCCUCAGCUCCACAUUCGCAGAGGACGUUUGCAAAUUUGCCAACAACACCACAUACACCUUCUCCUCUUGCUCGUACCGACGCUCUCGAAUUGGCCUCAACCCACCCCCAUGCACGGAAACACUCUGUUCUCGAUGGCCAACUUUCGCUGGACAUCAUCUCUCCGACAACCUCUGUUCCUCCAUUUCCCUAUAGCCCAAGCAGCCCUUUCGCCCUACCCCUCAACCCCAGCCAUCGGCUCUCCGACCAUCGAGCCAGCCCCAUUUCCACCUCACACUCCCACCGGCCCCUCCGAGUCGAGCAACUUCGUCUACGCAUAUCCACCGCCCCGGCCACAUGGACAUGGAUACACCCACCACCGACCGGCACCCAUCGGCCUGGGACAGCCAUCCAACUCGCCCGUGGAUACCCACACGCUCCCCGCGCAGCGUUCGCGUCGACCUUCCCACCGGCUAACGACGAGCUCAUACUCUAUUCCUACGCACAACUGAUCGGGACGGUGCUGCUCACCCCGGUGCCGGGUGCCCUAACCACAUCGGAGCAGGCACAGACGCUGAAUGGUGUCCGGGCAGCGUUGUUAAGCCGGAAGGUUCUUGGGGGUGGGAGUAUGGAUAUUACGGCGUCAUUAAACGCGCCGGUUUCGCCCAGACCUCGUCAUAGGCCGACCCAUAGUCGGUCGUCGUCGUUUUCUGCAGGAUUGUUGUCGAUACUGUCGCCAACAUCGUUGGUGUCGUCGAUCUCGAGCCCGUCCCCGAAUUCUCCGCUUUCGCGAGGCAGUCCGUCAAGAUGGCGAGCAACGUCUGCCUAUACACCUAACGCCACACCUUUGUCUGCCAAAUUUCCGAAUAGCUCGACUAGUCCGAGCGUGCUGAGUCUUGGAUAUAGGAAUGUGUCAGCGGAUGAGGUCAACCCGGAGGACCCCUUGCCUACAUUUGAAGUUCAGCCUGCGAUGUUAGGCGUCGAUCUGUCCCUUGGACCUGGCGAGUCGCGAACUUACACCUACACCAUCAGGCUUCCAGAUAACCUACCCCCGACGUUCAAAGGAAAGGCCCUCAAGUUUUCUUACGAGCUGGUUGUGGGUACAUGUCGGGCGGGUCCGCCGGGCAGCGGCGGAGGCAUGGGUGCCAACAGCAUCAGUCGAGUGAUGAAGGUGCCAAUACGAGUUCGAUCGUUACGACCGUACGAUAUUCUCUGGCCAGUCAGCAAGCGGCAAGAUGUCGGUAUGCCAGGCACAGAGGCGAAGGUGGUUGAGUCGAUGCCUGAGAUGCAGAAGGGGUUGCUCCAGAUUCCUCGAAUGCCCUCCUCUUCGUCACCUUCAUCAAUAUCCUCGUCCAACACACUCGAGUCAAUACGGGACUAUGCUCGAUCACUACUUGCGUCGUUACCUGAUGCAAGGGGAGAGCAGUCCAAGCCAGAUCCUGAAUCACCCAGUUCGCCUCUCGCAAACGACGGAGCCAAAGCUAUUGGACAAAACAAUGGCAACACGAACGGGAACGGCAACGCCAAACGGAGAAGCAUCCUACGACCAGAGGAAAUGCGCCGGACGGAGAGCGAGCGCGAGAAAGAGGCUGAAGGUGGUCUGACGGGGUGUCGCGAGGCUGUGGAAAUCUUGACGAGAAAUCCAAAGAAGGCUUCGUAUGAUGUGAAUAAGGAUGGAGUGAAGGUUGCUGUGCUUACCUUUACGAAGUCUGCAUAUCGACUUGGGGAGACGAUUACUGGAAUCGUGGAGUUGAAUGAACGGAGUAGUAGAGCCCGUGUUCUGAAGGUCUCUGCAAUCCUAGAGUCCCAUGAGACCCUUCCGUCAUCGAUAUCUCCCUUAGCCGGUGCACGACAUUUACGACGGUCGCACGCAGAGAGUCAUUCGUCUUUCACUCUCCACACGCUGCGUACCACCUUCUCACUCGACAUCCCCUCCGACGCCAGCCCCGCUUUCCAAGUCCGCAUUGGCACACCACCAGCCGCCUCCGCAACACCACCUCCAACACCUGGAGGGCUUGAAUGGACAGUGCGCCUAUGCCUUCUCGUGGCCAUCGCCGCCGAGAUGUCCCACGUCGGCGUCCAAGGUGUGCGGCUCAAAGGCCUCGUCCGGGAUGGCUCAAGGGGCGAAUGGGGCUCCUCGUGGCGCGCCACACGUACGAAUGCCCCGCAGGAGAAACCUGACCUCAAAGCGGAAGCUGCAGCGGCUCAGCGACUUCAGCAGGCCUCCUCCCCGCGGAGCUGGUCCUCCUUCCUCGUCUCGUCGAUUCUGUAUGGAGGUGCGAACGAGAACACAGAACGCGAGUACCAUGACGGAGACGUCCUUGAGGACGAGGAGGUCGUGUAUGAUGGGAUUAUACCCGACCUCGCAGGUGGUGUGGGUGUUGGCGUGGAUUAUGCGAAUGGAGACGAGGGCUGGAGGGAUGAUUUGUGGGUCGGGCCUGGGCUUGAGCUCGAGUUCCUCCAUCCCUCAUCGACCGGCGUCUGCCGGAUAGGGGCCUCGACAUGCAACCCUGAACAUGCAGAGACCUCGCGCAGGUUGCCCGACAACCACCAUCUCGAAAGCGAACGUGGAGACCGACAACUCAACAUGAAUAGAAGACCUGGCUCCGUUAAUCGAACAGCGGCUCUGCUUGCUUCCACAGUCAACGACAAGAUACCCGUGGAAAUCUUAACCAUAAUUUUCAAGCACUUAUAUGCGUCGUCCAUGAUUCUCUCAGAAGACUCCAAUACCUCUCCUGAUGUUUUCUAUCGCAAGAAAGACUGCGGUACCGAUCCAGCGUCUGAAUUACGCAAGCCGCACGUCGCCACGUUCUCCUUUCACCUCCAAAUCGCAGCUUCUGUAUGCCGUUUAUGGAGGGAAAUUUUGAAGACCAUGCCAGAAUAUAAGACGCGCCUCCUCGUCUGCCUUGACCAGCGCUCUCUUGGCCUCAAACGUCUAAAUGCUCAAGUUUCUGGCACGAACAACCUUCCUCUCGAUGUCUUAGUUACCAGGAACAAUUUUGAGGCGGACGACGAAGAAGACGAAGAGCAAGGAGAUUUCGAAAGGUCGCGUAUGCGAGCCGUCAUGGAUUGGCUUUCUCCCCUCCUCCCACGAAUUAGGUCGUUCGUCUUCAACACGAAAUUUGCGUCGUCUCUACCCUACAUCUCACAAGAUUUCCAUGGCCCCGCCGAGCAACUCCGGAUGCUCAAGCUCCAGUGCAAAGAGGACGACGAAUGGAACUACCGACUUCCAGAUGAGAUGGCCGUUAUGCUCCAGCCCGCAGAGAAGGCAUUCACGUUUCCAAACCUUGCGACAAUUGUCAUGCAUGGAUGUACGUUUCUUGACGCGUGCGCUGUGGCGGCCUGGAGGAGACAACUCGCCGGGAUGAGCAUCGACUCCCUCUGCAUCGCCAAAUUCACGACCCCAUCCCGCGAGAACGAUUACGGCGCCCCUUACCAUGCCUACUCGUUCAAUCUCUACAUGCUCAUGAGCCGCAUUCGGGACAUAGGCUUCAUCAGACACCUCACUCUUCAGGAAAUAUUACCAGAAUAUGACCCCGGCCAAGUCGGUGAGGGCGGUGCAGAGCCGGAGGCAGAUAAUCUGACCUUGCGCAAUCUAGAUGGAGGUGUCGCAGACGAGCUCAACUUCAUCAUCGCCGGACACAAGUGGUGCUCGUACCACAUUGUGAACACUGAUCUGUAUUGCGACCCACUCCCCAUGGCGCAUCAUCUUCGUAUCGAGAACGCCUCCGAUUCACCAGGAGCGAGCUUGAAGAAGGUCUUCGAACACUUUCCUGGACGCCGCCUGGACAUCGUCAAUUGCAAAGCAUUGACUGACGAACAUCUCCAAAUCAUUGCUCAGAAGUGCAAGAACCUGCGCUGGCUCUACCUUACCAACUGUCCCAACAUUACUGUUGAAGGCGUCAAGAAAAUGAUCUCCGCUCGACGCGACAUUGCAUCCCCAGACGAUGCAGCCAGUGAUGGGGAAAGUGACGCAGAAGACGGCCGAGAAUGCACCAGUGCCGAUGAUAUAAAGCUUAAUCCCGACUCCAAGGCGUAUGCCGAUAGCUCGCCAAGGAGAAUGAGCCGCCUCCAUAUCGCGCAGCACCCCACAAAAUUGACGGAUGAUGAACGAGUCUGGUUCAAGAAUUCCGGCGUGAAAUCAUUCUCUUGGGAGUAG